UGCUGCACUCUCAUUCGUGACGAAAGGAUGUACGGCCGGUUGUAGUCGAAUGAAUCCGUGUACAUCAACAUCGCCGCCGCAGAUGCCACGUGGCUGUGGAUCCGUGGAAAACUCCACAUUGGAAACGCACGGUCUGCAGCUACUAGAAAUGAAUGGAAAGGAGGACUAUGAGGAGCUGCGAGAACUUUUGCAGUCGUGGGAUGUUGCCGAUCUGCUGCCUCACCUGCAAGAUGAAGCCAUCAAUGUAGACGAGCUGCAAAUGAUAAAACGUCAUCAUCUGUCCGAGUUAUUGCGAAACUUUCGCUUUGGCACCCGCAUUCGCUUCGAGCAUCACUUGGAGCGAUGGCGCCGCUGGUUGAACGUACCGCUUCAGGGUGUCCAGGGUCAGGGCCCGAGCCACUGCACCGGUUGCCGCUGUCCAGAGAUGCAGGCCCAGUCCCAUUGCCCGGGUCAGACGCCUCUGCUUAUGGAUCAAGCAUUAGAGCAGGAAGGCACACCGAGUUCCGAAGAUCUGCCCAAGCCCAUACCAGCGGAAGUAGUCCUCAAUGAGACUAGGGAAGAUCGUGUUCCCUUUCAAUUGCCCAUGGCCCAACCGCCUGUGCAGAUGGCUAACGAAAUGAUGGUUAAGCAGGAGAUUCCGAUGCAGGUACCGAAACCAAUAAAUGGUUCAUCAGGGCCUGAUUCUUCAGGUGGAACCUCUGUCGGCAAGGACGAUCUAAAUACAUCUUCUGACCAGGAAGUAAGCAUUUUGGGCAUUCUGCGGGCCUCGGGCACGAAAUCCCAAAAUCUGCUAGAACGUAUUGGACAAAAUGAACCUCUGGAAGCAGUGCAACGCUUGCUGCUCAUCCAAUUGGUGUGCAGCUACUACGAGGAAAACCAAUUGCAUCUGACUUUGCAGAGGAGUCAUCUCUUAGAACGCGAGAUCCUGCAACUCUAUCCGCAGGAGCAGCUGAGUUACUAUCGUACCGAGAGGAGGGGCAAGAUUUAUGUGAGAUUCACCAAUAUGAAGAGAAGCAAGAGGCUAAGUUCAUCGCGGCAGGAGCUAAAGCGACGUCGUUCCGAGCUCGCAAGAACUCUGCCACCGGCUCAAGAAGCUAGUGCUAAUGUGACCUUCGCCGCGACCCCAAUCUCAAGCCCGGACCGCUCCGAUUAACCUAGUUUAUAAGCAGUAAAGCAGCUAAACCCAAAAUCCUAGCGUGAUGCUAAUUUUAAGUAUAACUAUCUAUCGCGGUGUGAAAUAUUUUUAUGUUUUCCUUUAACUGAGAAUGUAUAGAGUAUUUAGCGGGUCGACGCGAUCCGCCGACUGACGAGACUAAAUCGAAACUGAUUUUUGGUUA